CUUCAAAUAACCACAUCCUCCAUGCUAAGCCUCGCACAGCUCCUUGUCUGCUACCCGUCAGGAGGGCGAUGGAGGCCUCCAAGGUGCAAAAGAUGUUGCCAGUGCUCCUCCUGCUGUUCUUAGGCCCAGGCGAGCAAACUGCAGGGAGUUCUCAGACUCAAGGCCUGGAGUGCAUCGUUUUCAAUGAGGAGUACAUGACCUGCGACUGGGGCAGCAGGCAGAAGCCAACAGCCAACUAUUCCCUUUACUACUGGUAUGACAUCCAUGAAGCACCACAGGAGUGUGAGCAUUACAUCCAAAGCGAUGGCAUCAACACAGGAUGCUGGUUCAGUGACGUUGACCUGGAUUAUUACUUCAACGCUUAUAUCAGUGUGAACCACAGUAGGAACAGCUCAGUUCUUGAGCAGCAUGUGCUAUUGCAGCACCGAGUGAAGCCCAGUCCACCCAUUAACCUCUCCAUCCAGAACAUGAGCAACAACCAGCUGCUACUGACUUGGGGCUCAUCCAAAAUUCCACACCACUGCUUGGAACAUAUUGUCAAGUACAAGAGCAACAAGGACACGGAUUGGAUGGAGCAGAAAACACAAGUCAUGAAGUUCAAUUUAGUCAGUGUGGAUCCUGAGAAAUUCUACACCUUCUUCGUCCGCAGUAAAAUGAGUGAAUCUUGUGCGUCCACGAAUCUUUGGAGCGAUGAAGCCGGCCCUGUCACCUGGGGGAAAAAUGCUACCACCAAAGGCAGUGCAAAUGAGGUGCAGUCCAUGUACUUUUGGAUCCAGAGCAUCCUGAUCCCUGUAGGUUCCCUCUUCCUCCUGCUUUUCAUGGUCUUGGCCCUAAUGCGCAUGGAGAGGGUAUGGCUGAUCCUGAUGCCCAGAAUUCCCAACCCCAGCAACAAAUUUGAAGAUCUCUUCACUGCGCACCAAGGCAAUUUCUCGGAAUGGGCUGGAGUUUCCAAGGAUGCCAUGGAGAGUUUCAAGCCCAACUACCGUGAGAGUAUCUGCCGCGUCAGUGAGCUGCUCCCUGGUGGGGGCUAUUUGCCUGUGUGCAAUGAUACCAUGGGCAAGGCUGGAGGGGUGGCUGGCAUCUCUGGAGAGCCCACUCCCAAGGUCGACACCAAGUAGAUUCUGUGGAACAGCCACUUGUGGGCAGUCAAUACUGGUGGCUCCAAUGUCAGUGGGGCAGUAAAUCUGCUCCAGGCUUUAGUCUGAACUUUCAAGGAGCACCUUGGCCAGCUCCUUGAAAGUUUGGACUAAAACCCGGAGUGGAUUCGCUGCCCCACUGACUUUGGAGCCAUCAUUCUCCACUGCUUGUUGGUCUACGAUGUUCUCCAGCUAGGAUCUCCUGAUGCGAUUGCCAGUUUUUUUAGAUAUCCUUUCCCCAAGAGAGUACCAGCUUCUUAGGAAUCCUCCAUCCCUUACUCAGUCCAUGCUGCCUCUGCAGAGGCAUACUUUGUCCAGUGUUCCUUGGGGCCUGCAGUCUUCUGUCUCCAGCACUGGCUUUUCUCCAGCCUUCUCUGCCCCCAAUGUUUGGCCCCUUCAAGCCUCCUAUGUUUCCAGUUUAGCUUAUUUGGUCUAUAGACUUUAAAACUCAAAUAUGGUAUAGUUAUCAGGGCAACUACAAUAUGCACGUGUGCACAAUAUACAUGCACACAAAUGGUGCUUUUUUAAAAUAAGUGUAUAAGGAAAUCCAUGAAUAGUCGGAAAGUUUUUUUAAAAAGACGGACAAUUUUGACUUGGAACUCAUCUUCUCUGGUGGCCUGGUUUUAAUGGCCAGAGCAAAGAACUUGGCAGUGUUUUCUGUCAUCUUAAGGCCAUUAAAAUGGAAACAGAAUUCAUCUAAGUUCCCCAAGUGUAAAGAAAGAACCAGGAGAUAAAUCAGGAUCUUAUACCUCUAUAAAAGGGGGGCUCCCUAUUCCCCCCCCCACAGUCCACUUGAAAAUUGCUGAGGGUCUUGGCGGACCUCUUAGUGAUUUUUCUGCCUGUUUUAGUCCAGUGCAUUACCAUUGCUAACUGGUUUUUGACUGUAUUUUUAAUUGCUUCUUCCUCCCCCCCAUAUUGUAUUUUGUGUAUUACAGUUUGCAUUCCAUAGAAUUCAAACUGAAAUACAAUAUGAGAAAAAAAGAAGCAAUUAAAAAUACAAUUAAAAAUCAAUCUGAAUAUUUAAUGUGGACAUGCCAUGGACCACCUGAAUGAAGCUUGCGGACCACAGGUUACGAACCUCUGCUAUAAAAAUGUACAGUAUAAGAAAACAUGGGCUCACAUCUCGACUGAGUUGCUUUUGCAAGGCCAAACUCUCAGGUUCCUUUCUGUUUUCUGUUCUGACCCAUGGGAGCCCUGUGGUACUUUCCUGCUGCUGUAUACGGCCUCCUCUGCUUGCUCUGAUGACUGUGUACAGAGACAGACACAUUUGUUAUACCUAAUAAAAAGGAUCAAUACUUC